UUCAAUAUGGCGUCCAAUAAUCAGUUCACCGAUGGGAAUACGGUUCUAAUAUAAUCAUAGUUUAUGUUGUGUAUGCAUGUGAAAUAAUAACUACACCGAUGGAAACUGUUCCUAAAGACUUACGAGGAUUAAGAGCUUGUUUGGUGUGCUCUUUGAUUAAGACGUUCGAUCAAUUUGAAUUCGACGGUUGCGAUAAUUGCGAUGAAUUCUUGCGAAUGAAAAAUAAUAAGGACAAUGUUUUCGACUGUACAAGCUCCAAUUUUGACGGUAUGAUCGCCGCAAUGAGUCCCGAGGACAGUUGGGUUAGCAAAUGGCAAAGAAUAAAUCGAUUUUGCAAGGGUGUAUACGCGAUAUCGGUAUCGGGACGAUUACCAGCAGGCGUUAUAAGAGAGAUGAAAAGCAGAGGAAUAGUAUAUAGACCACGCGAUACAAGUCAACGAUAAUUUUGAACUUGUAAAUAUCAGUAUCAAAUAUGAUUGUUACCUGAACAUAUGUUCGUGUGAGUAUAGAAAGACGGAUGCCGCAUCACUGGUAAAUGACUGUUUACGCAAUUAAGCCAUAAAUUAGCACAAGUAACGUGAUAAUUGUUUUCAUUAUAUACUAUUCUGCCACUAGUAAUGACUGUUAAACAAAGUGAACAACAAACGGCUUCUCCUUGAUGCAAAGGCCAAGCUGGUAGUUCCGUAACAAUCUGGAAUGUUUUAUAAAAAAAAUUGUAAAUGGAAUUGUUAAGAAUGUCUUAACAAAAUUUAUGAACGUACAAUCGUGUCAUCUUUUUUUUAUAAAAAUGCAAGAAUUAUUUUAUAAUAAGAAUUUAGGUUAAUAAGAUAUGUAUAAUGUGUUGCACAAUACUAUUAUUUCUCACCGGUA